UGGGAAUACUUCGGGUUUACUUCCUGAUUUAGAGACUGGUCCAAAUGCGUCAAUUGCUUUAGUUUUAAUAUUUAUUUUAGCUCGAUUACAUAAUUAAAAGCCUAUAAACGCGUUCGGGUCCGUUUCCUGGUGCCUAUGGGGUAGAUCUUAAGAACGCUCCCACAGUGGGGAUCGAACCCGUGACAUCCCGGUCGCUAGGCGGACACCAUAUCCACUAGGACACCAUAUCCACUAGGCCAAGGCGACAAAUUGUGUUUUUGUUUAUUUUCUUCAAAUCGACGAUCAUGUUUAUUUCAUAUUAUUUUUUCAUGCGGACGGAUGAACGACAACAUAUAUAUCGUGUAGUUAAACAGUCAAGCUUAAAUACCAGUACUUGCGAUUUGCAUGUUCAUGGUCGCUUUGUGAUCCGUUUAUUUUCGAAUCGGCAUAUCAAAUGGGCCAUGCAUUUAAUCAAAUUUUACGUACCGAUAACUAUUUCAGUAAAUUAAUAAGUUUCUAAAUUUUAUUUAACUUCUCCGAAAAUGACUACCGUUUUUUUACUUAUAUGUAUAACUUAGAAGCAAACUUUCAGUAUCUGACAUUAAUUUGAAUAACGAAAAUUAUAUAAAUAAUUGUGUAAUUUUCAAUAUAGGACAUGUACACAAGUUCUAAAUAUUCACAAACAAUCUUUGUGGGACUCAUUGAUACAUGCUUACCAUAUACAUAUAUAUGAUAAACGGACGAUAAACAUAUACACCAAUGGUACUGCGAUGGAUAUCAUAGAUAGACCGAUAUAAGUACAUGUGUUUACGGUCCAAAAGUUCGUACCAGGUAAAUGUAAGACAGUGAUACCCUGAUAACAUUUUCUGAUAAUUAAAAAGGGGCGGAUUUUGAAACUGUCCUCAUAUUCUAUUCUGACUUUCGUCAGAGAAGUAAUAUUUUAUUUAUGCUUUAAGAAAACUGUUUAAUAUUGGACUGCGGCGAUAGUGUUUUCCUUCAUGCAAGGAAUUUACCUUUGUUUGGCCAUUCUGGCGCUGCUUCCUGCAGCCUUCCCACACCACGAGCCUUUUGAUGAAGCAUGCACUUAACAGGAAUCAUCGUGCAAUAGAGACACAAUGGGACAAAAGAAACGGAAACAGAAACAACGACAGAAAGCUAAAGCUGAAACUGGUGAACAGCUGUCUGAAACAAAAGAUGAGCCGUCAUCUUCUUUAUUGGGAGAAACAGGACAGUCAUCAGUUGAAACAGCCCAGCCAUCGGUUGAAACAGAACAGUCAUCAGUUGAACUGUCAGGGAUAGGACAACGUGAUGGACAGACAGACAGAGAGCUGCCUUCUGAAACAAAACAUAAAACUGAGAAGAGAAAUUUGUCUGGACCUGGAGAUAUGGCAGGGCCUGCGUGUGUCUAUAACCACGGGGCACUUAACUCAGUAAACCUGUUUCCAGGUGCCAAGUUGGUCAACCAUGGUUCAAUAUCUCUUCCUAGUGUAUGUGCAGAUGAAAUGAGGAAACUUGAAACCUGUCUUGCUGCGGACAUCGAAACAUCCACUAUUUACAUAAGGCAUACAGUCGAAGAUACCGAAAAGGAAUUAAAAGCAUGCAACCAAGAUUGUACAAAUGAGGUUUUGUCAACAAUGAAGAAAACUACUGAGUCUGUAAAUAGUGAAAUACAGCUGACCGAAACCAAUCUUGCUGCGAAUAUUGAGAAAUCCAAAAUAGAUAUUAUGACGAGCGUCGAAGGCACUGAAAUGGCAUUAAAGGAUUGUAUUUACGAUUGUUCUACUGGAGUUGUGUCAACAAUGAAGAAACAUACUGAGUCUGUAAAUAGUGACAUAAAGUCGACUUUGCAAGAAAUUCGGCAUAGCUUAAAGUCCGGUGCAGUUUUGCCAAGUGUGGAUAACAUAGCCCCUUCUAGGAUGCUGGUUAUGAAUAGCUUCCGCGAUCGUAUGAAACAGUUUAAAUCUGGACAUGGUUUUAUUCUCUUAACGGAUGAAAUCGAAUUUGUUCAGAAUAUAGACUGUCUUGGUUUUGUCAACUGGCUUGCUGUCUUUGAUUUUGAUAAAAGAGGUUGGGAAACUGGUCUUUUAUCCCGUAUAAAGGAUAGGCUCCAACAGAAUGCUUAUCUUAACCAUGUUUGUUGGCAGGAUACAAAGUUUUCAAUAUUGGAUGACAAAGUUACGUGGAUAUCACUUAUGGGCAUUUCCAAUCGUCCAGAUACAGUUUUGGACAAUGAUUUCAAUAAGUGGAAACGAAAAGUAAAGGCAAAUCUUACGCAGCAAAUGAAUCAAAUAAAGAAAUUUUCUGAGCUUUGUACACCUUUAACUGUACUUGUUAUUUGGCCUCUAAGUGCUACAAAAUAUGGACAUAUUCGGGUCGUCAUUGAAACAAUGACCGAAACACUUGAUGAUAUAGACGUGGUUGUUGCUGUACCUAGUAAUCAUCCAAAUCCAGAUGAAUCAAAUUUAUCCUUACUCAAAGAGUAUUACACUAUUAUUCCAAUUGACCUACAAGACGUCUGUAAGGUAAUUAUGACCCAGUGCAGUCCCAAAGCACAUAACAGUCCGACAAUUUGUAAGCUUCCUACGAGCGAUGGUUUUAAUUGUCCGAUCAUCACAAUUGACGAUGCAAAGUGGUUACAUGAAGACUUAGCUGUAUUAUAUCUAGAUAGCUACGAGGAUUACAGUAUAGAACAAUUAGAGAAAGAGGAGAAAAUGUUUUAUAAGGGUGGAACAUUGUCCUGGGCUGCACGAUAUGCUGGACGAUCGACUCAUGCUGAUAUUGAAAGAGACAACCAUAAAAGAAUAUUAAAUUACAUCAAAUCACGACAUAUACAUGUCUGUAAAUCAGGGAUUAUCAAAUUAUAUCACAAUCCAGGAUCAGGAGGCACGACGUUAGCCCAAAGAAUCGUUUGGGAUUUAAAGGAAGAAACACCAUGUGUACAUGUAAAACACAGGCUUGGAUCAUCCGUUCCGGAUAUAUGCAAUAAAAUGAAACAUUUGCACGACAAGACACAUCUACCUAUACUUGCGCUAUUUGACGGCGAAGAUGACCAAAGAGUUGAAUCGAUUUUGCAGACUUUGCAAAGAGAGAGUGUGUGUAUCAUUGUUCUCUAUAUACAAAGAUAUUGGCCAUACAUACACUUUAAUGAAGAAAAUACUAGGAAUAAUUGUCAGACGUUUUUUCUUCAGAAUCACGUUUCAUGUCAAGAAGCUAAACUUUUGGAAAGACAACACCGGAAAGAUCAGUCAUUAAGUAGAGAACAGGAAAGAAGUUUAAGCAAAGUGAUAUCAAAAUGCCUUACAGACAAAGUCAGUUUGUUUGAAUUUGGACUUGCAGUACACAGCUAUAAUUACAACGGAUUAUCGAAGUACGUAGCUGACUAUUUGAAACUUGACAGAAACAAGAAUCAACUGCAGUCGUGGCAUAAAGCGUUAUCGUAUUUGUCCCUUGUGUACUUUUUUGGACAGUCGUCUCUCCCAUGUCGUCUCUUUGCAGAUCUUCCAGGAAUGGAACAUAUUUACUGUAUUGAUGACUUUCCAAUGGAAAUGCAUGGCAUAGUAGUUAGCGAUACCAAUGACAGGAAACCAAACAUGGUGCGUAUAAGCCAUUACCUUGUAGCGAAGGAAAUUCUAAAUCAACUGCUUCCCUUCCCCAAACAAACGAAAGAAGAUAUUUCGCCAUAUUUAUCUGUGGAUGCAAAGCGAAACUUAGAGAAAAUAUCGGUUGAAUUCAUCGUGUUUGCUAGACGUUCAACUGCCGAACACUCGUCCAGUAUGGCUCACAUAAUGACCAAAACAUUUAUCACAAGAAAUAACAAACAAGUUGGCGAAACUGAGGUGAUGGAGAGUAAGAAAAAAAGACCGCAGCUGUCUCCACUUAUAGAACAGGCAAGUUCUAAACCACCGUUUACGGAACGGUUCAAUAUAUAUCAGAAGCUAACAGAGUAUUUUCCAAAGGUAGCACAAUUCAAAGCUCACCUUGGGCGGUUGUUCAGUAUAUGUAGACCAGAACAGGAGGACUGUGCUGAAAAACAUUUGUGUACGGCUCUAGAAGAAAGUUUAGCGGAAACACGAGAUUUGGUGGAAGAUGAAAUUUCCAAUUCAAAGAAAAUAGAAUUGAUGCACAUUUACCACAUGUAUGGAAGUAUGAUUAAACGAAAGCUUUCAAAGUAUACAGGAAUAGCCCAUGGAGAAUCAAAACGCGUCGAAGAUUUUGACAAUGUUUCAAAGUUGUUAAUAACGGAUAUUCAAAGAGCAUGCUCUUAUUUUACUGACUGCAGAAAAGUGACACCUCUUGGAAGCGAACAGUGUUUUUACUACGUAAGUGAAAUACAUGUCCGUCUUAUGUUUUGUGAGUUUGUUAAUACCAACAGUGGGUACCAAAAUGUACUUGAAUUCCUAGACAAAAAGGAUAACGAAGCCGCGGAUUUCAUAAGAGAUUCUUGUAUUGUGAUGGAUGAAUUGUUUUUAGAGUGUUUUAGUGUGAUUGAGCCGGAACAUAUGGAUGAUUCAAUUGGCAACUGCCAAGAAUGGUACUCAACGCUGUUUCAAAGAAUUCCGGGUUAUUUUAUACCAAAUAUAGCAGAUGGGGUUCAAUCCCGACGAUUGGAGAUUGCAAGAAUAAAAAUGAAAUACAGCCAACCAAAGAAGUACGGUGUUUUGGAAUUGAUCACUAAUGCAAAUGACAUCCAACAGAUCGCAAAACGCUACGAAAUGAAUAUUGAAGAAUAUGAAACCCAAGAAAACCCCAGUGUCACCAAAGUACAAAUGAAUAUGGACUAUAUGGAGUGGAUGUACAUUAUUCGUCACAAACAUUAUAAUACUCCAGUAGGGAUUGAACAUGUGCUUCAAAAGGUGGAGUUAUGGCAUGAAAAUGUGCGGUCUCCACAAAGUUUAUUUUACCUCUUUGUUUUGAAGAGUCUUCUUGGGUUUGGUUUGGAAAGUAAUGGAAGUCAUGUCUUACUUAUCGAAGCAAAAAAAUUGAGAGACAAAGUUUUGAAAUAUUCAAGACAUGUUGCAAAGCCAAAGUACCCAAGGGAGUGGUUGGGGUUACCAAGAGAUGACAUAAGACGACUUUAUCCCGGUCUACGUUUCUUCGGUCAGAUAGAAGGCAGAGACAUAACAAGUGAUGAACAUCUGGAAAUCCGGAAAGGAACUAUUCUACCACCAAAUGACAAACUUUCAAGCGGCAAUAUUGAUUUAGACCUGGGUCCAAACAAUCGUUUUUCAGUUAGUGUAUUCUUUAUUCCAGCGCGAACAGAAAAUUUGAAGGGACCAUUAAACAAAGGGGUUCGUGUUGAAUUCGUCCUUGGUUUCAGCCUGUCACACGGAUAUGAAGCAUUCAAUGUCAAGCGUAUCUCAACCGUCGAGUGUCCUGUUUGCAAGAUUGCAAUUGAAAAACGAAGCUCAGACAAACAAGUCAAGUGUCAGAAAUGCGGGAGAAUAUUUAAAGUUGGAAGAGUUUCAUAGAAAAAUGUGAUUGGCUUAAGCGAUAUCCAAGCAUACCAUUUAAAACAUCAAGUAUAAAACAUAUAUGACAGUGUUUACUUUGCUUUUAUUAUACAGACAUUGAGAGUCUGGUGUGUGUCAUAUUUUUAUAUUCAGUGCACAUUAUUUUCUAGUAGGUUAACUUAUAUAUAUUGGAUGUGUGUGAACACUGUAAGGACUUUUACUCUGUUAUUAGUACGUAAACUAUUGUAUUGUAUUAAAGUUGACCUUUUUGUUGAUGUCUAUAGUUGUGUUUAUUAUACUAUUCACGUCAUGCCAUAUAAUUUUAAAUGUAAAGGUUACUGGUUGAAAAAUACGAUAUUGUAUGACUUGUAUUACUGGUAAAUGUUUGAUGGGUGCUGUUGAUCUAAACUGCAUUUUUGAUUGGUAAUCCCUUUCGAAUUGUGAAUUUGAGAUUAAGAAUUUAUUUUAUUUUCCUUCGGCAGUCGAACAGAUGCAUUUGAAGUCCCUUUAAUAAUUUACAUCGGAAUAUUGAUCGGUUAAUAAAUACAUCACAUAUUUCUAAACAUUUUACCGAAGUUAUUUCAAUUGUGGCAUUUGUUCUGGUUAUAUUAUCAUGUAUGUAUAAAGAAUUUGUUUAAAAGUUUCCUGUUUAUACUGUUUGUUUCUGAAAUAUAUCUCAUACUUUAAUUGUGUUGAAAACAAGAUACGUAUGUCAUAUUAACUGGUUUGUACAAUAUGUUUAACCGUAUAGAUUAAAAGCAAUAAGUCAUUUCGAUAUA